GAGCUGCAGCGGUCAGAGCUUGUGGACCAACGCUUGGAGGCGCUGGAAGCCGGCUUCAACGCGAUGCUGGACACUCUACGGCCACUUCUGGGUCAGAGCGGUAGGCCCACCUUUGCCAGCCAGGCCCAGGCGAAGAUUCCUGGCUCCAUCGGCCAGCCAACGGUCGAGCGGUUUAGCGUGAGGCUCAUUACGGCAGAAAGGUUCACUCUUCGGGGAACUCUGACGAUCCUGCAGGACACGUGCAGCAUUCUGGUCAGCUGCCCUUUGGGAGCCUUUGACCUAGUAGCCAACGGUGUAGAAGGCGCGAUGCCUACUGACCUCGGUCGGACUGCUGCCGGUGACGGCGAGGCGAUGGUGUUGUCGCCGCCAGCCAGGGAGGGGGCCUCCAGCUGGGCGGCAGCGCUGGCAGCUCGCUUCGCGCCCCUUGGAGUCAACAGUACUGGAGUAUCG